AUGGCCAACGUAGCACAGGUAAAGGAAAUUCAUAAGGCCAUAGCCGAUCUGACUGCUCAGUUCAGUCAACUAACUAAGCAUGUGACAACAGAAAUAACCAAUGUCAAGUCUCUUCUUGAGAAAGAACGCUUCGAAUUGUCCACUUCCAUGCAAUACAUGAGCGAUUCAUUUGAAGAAAUGAAAACUGCGUUUAAGUCCGUUCAAGAAGAGACGGCUGCGUUAAAAACGGAAGUUGCACAAGUUACAAGUAAAAACUGUUCCCUGGAACGUGAACUGUCUGUGCUCCGGGCCGAGGUGGUUAGUCUUAAGCAGUACUCACGCAGGAACAAUGUGGAAAUAAGAAACUUUCCGUUGAGGCCUAACGAGAACAGCACCGACCUGGUUUGCGAAAUAGCCACAAAACUGGGUGUAGAUUUAUCACCAGACGCAAUUGAGGUUGCUCAUAGGGUGCCUACGCAGGACCCGUCAAAGCUCAAUAUUAUUGCUCGGUUUUUCUCUCGAGAAGCUAGAGAUUCGUUAGUGUCUGCGUCAAGGCGUAGGCGACUGACCACUUCGGACUUUGGGUAUGAGCACAACGAGCCAGUCUAUGUUAAUGAGCACCUGUGUCAAGAGCUUAAGCUUCUUUUGGGAAAAACUAUCCACGAAAAAAAAGAAAAUAAGUGGAGGUACGCAUGGGUCAAGGACGGAAAGAUAUUCGUCCGUCGAACUGAGAAUUCUAAAGCUGUCCAGAUUCAGUCUGAAAAAAACCUACGGGAAUUACAGCUGUCACAUUGUGUGUAA